AUGGAAAAUGAAAGCGAUGAUGAGCCCCAGCCAUACGAGUACGACGACGGCAACAGCGAGCUCUUCGCCCAUGUCACCCUCAGACGAAAGCAUCAUGAGGACCUCCGCACCAGAGACAGCGUCAUGCUCGACAGCACGACCGUCACCAGCUACUUCCACAUGCGCCAGAGCGAGGCGGCGGCGGCGUUCGGGAUCUCGCUGACAGCCUUCAAGGCCGCAUGCAGGAAGCUCGGCAUCCAGAGGUGGCCGUACAUGCGACAGAAGGCGGCUGCUUCCGCCCAGACCGCCAUGACAGACCCAGACCAGGAGGCCGGCGGGGCGCGUGGGAGGAGGCGCGACCGGCGGGUCACGACGGGCCCAGGCGCUGGGGCGGAGCAGGAGCAGGCAGGCAGGGCUCGAUGGGACGGCAGCCUUGAGGACCUGAUGGAGGAGGCGCUGGAGCAUUGCACGCGGAAGGAAGAGGGGCAGUUUAUAGCAGAGGGCAAGUGA